AUGACGACCACAGCGAGUCUAUCCAGCAGCAAUGCGCCCGAACAUGUGCAGAAGCAUGUCAAACUUAUUAGCGCCACGCUUUCAGGCAACGAGUCACGGGUUCGUGAGGUGCUUUCUCAGGAGAAAUGGGCCUCACCAGCAGAUCAUGAUACGUUAAAACAAGCCCUGGGCUACCUCGAUAUCCUGCGUCAGCUGCUCGAGGCGGGGGCAGACGUCCACCCCAGAAAGGACAAGGACGUAGCCCCUCUCUUCAAGGCUGCAGAGGCUGGGCACCUGGCAAUCGUCAAGGAACUGCUGGACCAUAAAGCGGAUCCCAACUGGCGGCUGCCCAAGACAGGGCAGACGGCCCUGUGCGUGUCUGCCCUGCGCGGCCACACUACUAUCGUCAAGAUCCUUCUUGACGCACGCGCCCACCCGGAUGGCGGCCGAAACAAGGACGGCAAAGCGGGCGCUGAAGAUGGGCGUACGCCGCUCCUGCUUCUGGCGUCUGAGAAGGCAAGCAAGCUGUCGGAGCCCGCGCGGGAGGCGUCCAAGAGGUUUGAGGCAACCAUUGUCGACUUUGGAGAGUUCCAGGAGGAAAAGUUUCUCAAAGAUACCGUCAAGGAGAAGAAGCCGCAGCUCGUCUUCAAGCACACGGUAUAUGACCUACUGUACGGCUGGGACGAAAAGACGGGGAAGGCGACGGUGCCGGUACUCACCAAGAAUAUCAAAUGGCAGCCUCAUUUCCGAUGGAUUCACCUGCCGGCCAAUAACAUUGCCUGGAUCGAUACCCUGCUUGCCAAGUCCUUCAUCGAAGGAGGUCAUCGUGAUGUCGAGGGUUUCAAGGCGCUGGGAAAGUGCUUUGACCAGGAGCACCGAGGCCCGCUGGCACAUGCGAACUUCAUGAGGCACUAUUGCGAGCGUAUACCAAGCCGCAGAGCGGACAGGGAAGAGAGUCUCCUCGGGUCUGUGGCGGAACAGCCAAGGGAAGAGAACGGGGGACCGAGCCAGAACACAGGAGCCGAGUCUGUUUCGACAGAACAUUCGGAAAACAGCACGGCGAAACCAGACACUAAGAAGAAGAGCAAGUCGGAGAAGAUUGCCGAACGCCACCCGCAGCGACAGAAGAGAAAUAAAGGCAACCCAGGGAACCCACCGGGGAGCAAAGAUGCAAAGCUGGCCAGCAGCAGCAGACAGUCAUCCUGGGCUUCUUCUGAGGCCUUUAGACAGCUUGUCAAUAACGGGAAAAUGGUCUUGUUCAUGCCUUUCCUUCAUUACGAAACACAUAAUCGGCGACUGAACAUGACAGCAACUAUCGCAAGAGCCCAGAAAGGUGAACCGCCACCUGACAAUGCUUCGAGGGAUGAACUUCUUAUCCAUGCAUACAUGGAGCAGUACCUCCAUCCUAGGAGAACAUUGGAUCAGUUCUUCUACCAUGGCAUCGACACAACCCAGCGGGACUCGGAUCAGGUUGUGUGGCGAUACUGUCAAAAGCACCGGGAGCCUGAAGAGCCCAAAUUGUUCAUGGUGGAUCAGCUCUGGAUGUGGAUUCUCGGUGGCGAUACUGUCAUCACUUGUUUCCCACAGAGAUGGGACCAGCCGAAACAAGAUCCCCUGAACGUGGUUGAUGGCAUUAUAGAAGAGACAAAUGCGAAGACAAGGGGCCAGAUCCAGUCAGUCUAUGACCUUGCCAUGGUCAUCACAAAUCGCUGCGCAGGCAUGUUUGACCGACACCGCAUCGAUGAGCAGCAGUUUCAGUUCCUGGACAUGUUUGAGAGCAGUAUCGGAAAUGUGACCAACGAGGAGUCGAAGCUCUUCAACAAGUUCAACAGGGCCUCGGAGAAGUCGACACAGUGGCUCAAGAAACGACACCGCCAUGACAGCGACGGCCAGGACGAGGACGAGUUCGCAGACGACCUUCUCAACAUCCACUCGGAGACCAAGUUCCUCGCCGAGAUCAAGGACAUCCAGGAUGAACUCAACAUCAUUGCCGUCGUCCUGCACGUGCAGGUGUCGGUGCUGAAGAAGCUGCAGCUGAACAUCGAGCAGGAGCUGCGCGUCGAGGGCAGCAGCCGCAGGACCACAGACCUGAUCCUGCGGGACAUCAAGCACCGUUUCCAGGAGCAGAUGCGCCUCAUAGAAGAGCGGUACGACGAUGUCGAACGCAUGAAUGACCAGGCCAGAGGGAUCUCGGCCAGUCUGACCAACCUGUUGGAUCUGAAGCAGAAGCAUUCCAACGCGCUGGAGGCACGAUUCGCCCGCGAACAGGCCAUCAUCGCUGCCAAGCAAGGCCAAACCAUCAUGGUCUUCACCAUCGUCACCAUCAUAUUCUUACCUAUGUCCUUUAUAGCCGCCUUCUUCGCUAUCAAUCUCGAGGACUGGGGCGACCGCCUCACCAUCGGCUAUGUCUCAAAGUACAUGUUUGGGAUCGGUCUUGCUGUCUCCUUUAUCUUCGUGGCAGCGGCUUUCCUCGUCCAUGAUAUCUCCAACGCCUGGAAGAGCAUCGUAAGGGGUACUAAGAGUUACCUCAACUACACCCGCGACAAGUCCAAAAGCGUGAGAAGCCAGGUAGGCCAGUCGGAAGGCGUGUCCCAUCCCUGGCCAUCGACAGACCAUGAGAAGCCAACAACAGCGGGUGGUGCCUCGACUGCUUACCGGUCGAUGGCAGAUGAUAUGGAAUGGAAGAGACGGGGACUCGACGGGCCAGAUAUGUAUAUGAGGAUGAGUCUCGAGAGGGAGCAGCGCGACCACCCGAGGCUGGGCCUGUCGCCUCUACGUUUCCUCUACCCCAAGGCACCCUCCUUCAUGAUCUUGCUGCACGGUAUGGGUGAUGCUCAACCAACUAGAGAGAAGUCUCUACUUCUUCAGCAGAUUGAGGGGGCACACGACCAGGGCCUGACGCCUGUUCUCAUGGAGGCCCGUGAGAAGGAGGUCAUGGACGAGAUUGGAAAGCUCAUCGACCAGAAGCUGUACCUCGCCCUUGCACGCGUCAUCCCAAAUGAGCCCAACGCCGCAGCCAUCGUCGACGACCCGGAGAUUCAGGAGCAGAGCAGGAACUUGAAGGCCGCUGUGGCUGCAGUGAUCGACAGGCACGAGGCCAUCAUUUCGACUAUUGCGAGGUCUAAGAAGGAGAGGGAUGGCGACAAGCCUGUGUAGACCAACGGUUCGAAGACCGUUUUGCCCACAACGUUGGAUCUCCUGUACCGUAUGCUCCAGGUGUCGAGUUGUCAGGUACUAGUCUGUGCUAGGCGCGCCCUGCCCUGCCGUCUCUUUGCCUAAGGGGUGUCGGCAGGGGCAAGGGCCCAAGAAGUGCAAGGCAGAGAGAGAUGAGCAUGGGAAUGAUAUUGGAGGACAGAGAAAGAAAGGAUGCAAAUGCAGCCUUCAGAGGGGAAGCCUUGGCAUUCAUUACCUUGGUUUGAAGAUGUGUUUACUUGCCUUUACCUUUGCAUCGUCUCACUUUAGCAUUUUCAAAAAUUGAUUUCAACUGCAUUCAUUGUAAAGAGCGAUGGUGUGCCCUAAGUCAAUUGGAGGCGCCACAUUGCAGGAAAGAAAAGGCGAUUUGAGGCUCCAGCAAUAUAUGUUUAAUUGU